CAGCGGGUGGACUCCUGCUCUUAUGACUUGGAUCAGCUUUUUCUGGGGACGUUGCUAUUCACAAUCCUGCUCUUCCUUCUACCAACUACUGCUCUGUAUUACCUGGUAUUCACCCUGCUUCGCCUACUAGUGAUAAUGGUACAAGGUGUCAUUCAGAUGACUAUAAACCUGCUCAGCUCACUCCCUUUCUUCGCACUGCUGCUGCGCCUCUGCCGUUCCUACCGGCUGGCAGCGGGUGUAAAAUUUCGCAUGCUGGAGCAACAAAAGGGGAAGGCACUUCGAUUGUUGAUGCAGAUUAAUCCUCUACCCUAUGGGCAAGUGCUUGACACCUACAGGCUCCCAUCCAGUAGAUGUUACCCUAAAGAC